AUGUAUAUCAUCGUCACCAUCGCGGACUUGAUCCAAAUCUCACCCCAAGACUUCGAAAAGCGCAGCGCGCAAGCAAUCGAAGACAACAUCAACCUGAAAUACGCCGACAAAGUCAUCCACCGCGUAGGUCUCUGCGUAGCCCUCUACGACAUACUCCAAACCAGCGAAGGACUCAUCGGCCACGGCACCGGUAUCGUAAACGUCAAUGUUGACUUCCGCAUGAUUGUCUUCCGCCCCUUCAAAGGCGAAAUCUUGACCGGAAAGAUCUUGUCGUCUUCGGAUAUGGGUAUCAGAAUCUCGAUGGGAUUCUUCGAUGAUAUUUUUGUGCCGGCGCCGGGGAUGCUGUUUGAGCCGGCGAAACAUCAUCUUACCGAGGAUGGCGAGAGAGUGUGGGUUUGGGAGACCGCGCCGGAUAAUCUGUUGUAUUUUGAUGUCAACGAGGUUGUGAAAUUUCGCGUGGAAGCGGAGACGUGGACGGAUCUUUCGCCUGAGAAGCAACCUGCACCGGGCGAGGAGGUGGAAGUUUACAGACGCUCUCCUUACGAAAUCACCGCAUCAAUGCAACUCAGCGGUCUCGGCCCAGCCUUCUGGUGGAGAGAACCAGACGAGGAAGAAGCAGCCGAAGAAGGCGAAGAAGAAGCCGACGGUGGAGCAGAAGACAUGAACGGCGAUGCAGUCGACGUGAUGGACGAGGGAGUUUAG